AUCUUGUUGACAAAUCCUCCGAAAUUGCUGGUUUGAAUCGAAGAAAUUAUUAUUAUUAUUAUUAUUAUUAUUAUACCAGAUUUAUAUAGCGCCCUUUUCAUGACCAAUUUCACGUUCAAAGGCGCUUUACAUAGUUCAAAUGCAGCCACACAGGGCGCAUAAUUCAUCCUCUACUAGUACAGACAGAGCGAUCUGACCAGAGGGACAGAGUGAGACAAAGCCCCCACGACAGAGAGAUCAGAAAUCGUCGUCAUGUCUUCCCAUACUUUUGAACAGUAUUUGCAAACGACACGAACAGCUUCGCCGCAGUGAACAUCGUUCAUCUCAAUAAUUAGAACUCUAAAGGCUCAUCUGUUGAAAGAGGUAACAGAGGACUGGUGUUCUCUUUCUGUUUUUUGAAGAACUUCCUCGAACACGGUAUGGUAUUUGCGUUUGGAGUUUUCUUCGUUGAGCUUCUAGACAAAUUCCAGAAAGAUCGUGCAACGACUGUAACUGUGCAAGCACUUCUUGUUGGAAUAUUUUUAAGCUUUGGUGUUGUCAGCGGAGCUCUCAUCACUAAACUAGGGCUCCCUUGGGUUACACUUCUAUCUUGUAUACUCGUUCCAGUUGGUUUCUGUGUAUCUUCCUUUGCUACCAGAAAAGAGCAUCUUUACAUAAGCAUCGGUAUUGUAUCAGGAGUUGGAAUUUCAAUGGGAUUUAUCAGUGUUGUUGUGAUAGUUGGUAGAAUUUUUACAGGCAAGAAGAAAGUUCUGUUUUUAGCUGUUCUGAGUGCUUCCAGUCCGUUAGCUGGAUUGGUCUACCCGUAUUUUCUAGACUGGUUGAUGACAUUGUUUUAUCUUAGUGAGACGUUUCUUAUCCUCGGAGCUAUAUACAGUAACUCGUCCCCAUUGUUCAUAUUAUGUUGGAUGAAUCGGAGCACAAUUACAGAUGUUGCAUUGUCUUCGAGAGUUUCUACCGAUAAUACAAAUACAGAAAAUGAGACACCAGUCCCCACAACAAGACAUAAAGGAAAUUUUAUCAUAAACGGUAUUCAAACAUUGAGAGAAAUGGUGAACACAACCUACCUUUUGUUACUUUUUGCCACCGCCAUUUCAGCUGCUGGCAUAAAUGGAUACUUGGAGGUGAUUCUUGAUAUUUGUAGAUGGAAAGGCUUCAGUAAAUCUCGGGGACUGUUUGCAAUUGUCAUUUUCAACAUCGCUAACACUGUAUCAAGACUUGUACCGGUUGUGCUUAAACAAAAGCGUGGAUUCAAUUCUUUUAUCUACCCGAUUAUUUCCACUAUAUCUGGUUGUGUCGGGUAAUUACUUCUUUAUAAAGGACAGAGUUAUGUUUUGUAUGUGAUUGGAACUUGUCUGUCUGGCUUUGCAAUUGGCAGAGUCGUUUAGGCACAAUUGAUUCUUGUGUUAAAAGUAUUACGCUCAGAAUUUAUUCCAGUAGGAUCAGGACUAGUUUUUACAAUUAUAGGUGUGAUGUAUACAGGCCCGACAUUUGAUAAGUUAAAGUUACGUUUAUCAUAAAAGCAUAAAAUUUGUGUUUUGAAGCUGUAGAAUUUUAGUCAACAAUGCUUAAAAGAUAUGGGACGGUGUGGUCGUUUCGUUUCCUUUAGAUAUAUGUGUUUGCUAUCACAAUGAUAAUGUUGUUCGUCAUUUAGGUUGAUUAUUCUGAAAUAUAUAAUAUAACCUUAUUGGCAACUGUAUUUAUCGAAAUCCUGCUUUACCCGACAAAAUAAUAUAGUCUCGAUAUAGUCACUAUAUGCUUUAUUUAAGGUAUUAGGCCCCUAAUAGUAAUGUUUAAAAAAUGGCAUUUGCUUGGUAUAUUCUUACACUUGACCGUGCUUCGCACUUUGUUGCAAAUUUUUAAAAACUUUUACCGUGCCGUUUUUUAUAAAUUUUGUGUAAAUUAUGGUAUUUCCUCAAGCUCAAGUAGAGACAAAUUUCAAAGUGGCGGCCUUUAUCCAAAACGUUUGCAGAGAAUUCAUUAUACCAUUAUUUUUUAUGAAAUAAUCAUCAAACUAUUGGUAAACAAUUAUAAAACUAAAAACUAAAAGUGUCAGUAUCAUUUUUUCUAGGGUGCCUCAAGUAAACAGAUUUAACGAGACAGAAUUCUAUAUCCAACAUUGAAAAAAUAAGGUCGAAUUCUGCCGGUCUGUUUUGAAUUUUGCUCACUUCAUUCAAAAACAACUGUGGGGCAGAAGUAAAACCUACCUACAUUUCUUCCACAAUAUGUAAUCUAAAGAAUGAAGGCAAAAUAGAGAACUUUUACCGCACGUAACUCAGUAUUUUUUAAAGAUAUCUAACUCUACCCCUUCUAUUUCAGAGGUAAAUUCACUUUGAACAGCAAGAAAUCGCUUAUCAAAUGAAUAUUUUCCGUUUUUGUACAAUAAAUCAAUAACAAGUCUUGAAAGAAGUAAAAACUUACUAGAAAAAAAGAAAAAUAAGGAAAAAAAAUUUUGGUCUCAGUGGGGCUUGAACCUACGCCCCCCUGAAAAUUGCAGUCAAAGUAGGUUUAUGGUAGAAAUUGAAUACUCUUCAAAAAGGAGAUACUCUAUUAUGGGCCUAAUA